AUGGCACAAAACGUAAUCUUAAGAUCAUCAGAUGGAAAAGAUUUCAUUAUUUCAGAAGAAGCAGCAAAACAAUCAGGACUCGUAGAAUCACUUAUGAAAGACAGAGAAAAUGCUGAUGAGCCAGUUCCUAUUUUAAAAGUAGAAGGAGCAGUGUUAGAAAAAGUUAUUCAAUGGUUAUUAUUCCACAACGAACAUCCAUUGAUGUAUCCAGAUUUUGUAAUUGGGGAUAGAGAUAAGAAUGCAGAUCUUCAUCCAUGGGAUGUUAAGUUCUGUGAUGAUUUAGAAAAGGAUAUGUUAUUUGAAAUGCUAAAAGCAGCAACAUUCAUGAAUAUUGAUAUGCUUGUUGAAGCAACUGCCAAGACCAUUGCAAAGAAUUUAAUUGGGAAAACUGUUGAACAAAUGCGAGAAUAUCUUAAUGAAGAAAAUGAUUAUACACCAGAAGAAAUUGAAGAACUUAAGAAGAAAUAUGCUGAUUAA